GGGGGCGCGCCCGACUUAAAGCAGCGCGUUGUCCUGUGUUGAUGUGUCGCAGAUUUUAAAAAGUGACGGAGGCAGGCAGCUGGAGUUUGGUGAGAAGGACUCUUCCCGACUCUUCCGUAAGCUCGGCGCUCAGAACAAGCGUUCACGCCGGGAGCGAGCGGCUGCAGUGACACUUUCUACCCCCCUCCUUUUUUUAACAUCUUUAAAAAAAUUUUAGCCCUUCGAGAACAACUGCACACAUCCAGUUUUUGUCCUGUUUGGAGCGUGUGGAGCAGCGCGUGGCGAUGGAGCUGUCAUCCAUAGGAGAUCAAGUGUUUGCAGUUGAGUCAAUAACAAAGAAGAGAGUGAGAAAGGGAAAUGUGGAGUAUCUACUGAAAUGGCAGGGAUGGCCCCCAAAGUACAGUACUUGGGAACCAGAGGACAAUAUUUUGGACCCGCGUCUGGUCCUGGCCUACGAAGAGAAUCAGGAGAAGAUAAGAGCUCUGGCCUAUCGCAGGAAAGGUCUCAGACCCAGGAGGCUCGUUCUGCGGAACAUCUUUGCCAUGGACCUCCGCAGUGCCCACAAGGAGAAACCCCCUCCCCGCCUGCGUCUCUCCCUCACCCGCGCCAUGAGCACAGAUGUGGACCAGGGCGAGCAGGCCAGCAUGUAUCGACGGCCAGCCUGGAGGAAGAAGAAGAGAGAGAAGCAGAGAGGAUCCAAACGGGGGCAAGAAGGAGCCUCGCACAAAACCAGCCGUCCACUGAGGAAGAAGGAGGAGCCUGUGGAGGAGGACUGGGGCGCCACCAGCGAAGAAGAGAAGCAGGGGUCUGAAAGCGCCACCGAGGAGAGGCGUGAAAGCAGUUUAUAUGGUCAGUCAGAGUGCAGCUCUCCGCCUGUGCUGGAGCGACAGGACUUAGAGAUGGAAGUGGAGGAGAAGGAAGAUACCAACCUGACAUCGGUAGGCACAGAAAUAUGGACUGGCAGACCAGACGGCAGGACACCCGAAACCAUACAGAGCCAGACAUUUGCGUGUGACCAAUCAAAAGACAGUGCCUCUGUGCCUGAGGCCGGACCAGGAGAUGCGGUUACUGGGGGCGACAGGUCUUACUGGGACAGAUUGGGUGAGGAGGGCGUGGAGUCAGUGUUGGAGUGUCCCACGUUAGACAGCAGCGUUUGUCAAAGCAACAACACAGUCUCUGUGAUAGUGCACGCUCAGGGGAGCAGCGAGGCGGCAGGCGAUGCCACCGCCGCCUUCUGCUCUGCUGCCGAGGUGAGGAGGGAGGAUGUGAGAGGUGACAAUCAGAGCGUUAGCACUGCAACACCAGGCAGUCAGACUGCUUCCAUUGCAGCAGGGCAUCCAGAGAAGGUGAUUGUGACAAACGUGACUAUCAACUCUUUGACGGUGACUUUUAAAGAAGCCACAGGGGCUGAAGGUUUCUUUAAGGGCUAUUGAAUGAUGACAGAGAGAACUGGAGAGAAAUCAGAAUAACCAUAAUUAGACUUGCCACUCAUUUUGUACAUGUAAAUAGUCAUGUAUGUAAGAUAAUUCCACAUGUUUACAAAGCUACACUCAUUUCCUACGGAGUUCAGUGAAGACAUUAUUGCCUUUUAAUGAAAAAAAAUGAGUGGUAACUUUAUUAUUGUGGCUCAUUUAUUAGGUGUGAUAGGGAGCCUGAGUCUCCCAAAACUGUGCUCAAAUCAUCCAUUGCAAUCCAGGGGACUAAAUGGAUCUCAGUGGCAGGUUUGAUUCGUGGGGCCGUUGGGCUUACUGAGAACGGGAGACAGAUGGUGAGACAGCAGUCAAAAACGCUACAGUCCACAUUACUACUUCCAUGCAUUUACUUUUUCCAACCGUCCUCAGUGCUUUCCAGCCAGAUGUCAGUUUCACACACUCAGAUCUGUCCUCGGGGGCUUGUUUCAGUCGCUCCUCUUUCUUACAAAUAAUGUUUUGUAAAGAUAUUGGUUUUUUUUCAGUAUUCUCACAGAGCUAACUGCAUGCCCUGUCAGUCUGUGCCACACUUGCACAAAGUCCUGUCCUGUGGUUUGUAGAAGAGGUUUAUUUCUGUCAUAAAAGAGAUAAAACAAAGAGAGAGAAUUAAUCCCUGCCGCUUAGAUGCCGUUCUGUAUUUCAAGGAUAGAUGCACAAAAAGAAAUACACAGUUGUGUUUGCUGUCUGUCUGUCUGUCCUUUUACUUUUCAAGUAUGAAAUGCUACCUGGUUCUAUUUUUAUAUAACCAAUUGAUAGUCCACUCUUUUCUCUAGCCUUCGUGCAUUUCAAAAGAGGCGAUGUCAGUGUACACUGCUGCUCUUGCGCUCUGUAAGGUAAUGUGCAAAUGGAAGCAAGUGUACGUUAUGUUAGACUGUAGUGAGCUAUUAUUUAUUGCAUGUCACGCGUAAAAGCUAAACUAACUUAUGUCACUUACUGUGUUGGAAUCAGUCUUUGUCCGACAAAGAUGAACUGUCAAUCGUGUCUUCUCUCUGAAAAUGAUUUUUUUUUUAUUUCGAUUGCAUUUCCAAUAAAUAUGUACAAAAACAA